ACCGCGAGCUGUGUACAAGAAAUGAGGUAGAAGAAAGGAGCUUUUUGGCAACGCUGAGAGGGAUUUCAGCAUUCAAAUACACCCUCCUCUCCUCUUCUUCGUAGCCGUCGCUGCAUCUGGAUACUGCGGGCGGAGUGGAGCCGCUUUAUUGCUGCGUGCCGUAUGCGCAGACUGACUGAAAGCCAGCUGUAAGCUGCCUCCAAAAGAUCAGCAAUCAUGACAGCAGAGGAGACGAUCAACAUUAAGGAGGCUGAGGUGAUCAAACUGAUCCUGGACUUCCUUAGCUCCAGGAAGCUGCACAUUAGCAUGCUGGCCUUGGAGAAGGAAAGCGGUGUUAUCAAUGGACUGUACUCUGAUGACAUGCUUUUCCUCAGGCAACUGAUUCUGGAUGGCCAGUGGGAGGAGGUGAUGCAGUUCAUUCAACCAUUAGAAGGAAUGGAUAAGUUUGAUAAGAAAAGGUUUCGCUACAUCAUAUUUAAGCAGAAGUUUCUGGAAGCUUUGUGUGUUAAUAAUGCCAUGUCAGCUGCUGAAGACCCUCUCAAUCUGGAGAUCACCAUGCAAGAGGCAGUCAAGUGUCUCCACAGUCUAGAGGAGUUCUGCCCGACCAAGGAGGACUACAGCAAGCUGUGUCUCCUCCUCACCCUGCCACGCCUCACCCAUCACGCAGAGUUCAAAGACUGGAACCCGAGCACAGCACGAGUCCAUUGCUUUGAAGAGGCCUGUGCGAUGGUAGCCGAGUUCAUCCCUGCAGACAGAAAGCUGAGUGAGGCAGGCUUCAGGGCUAGUGGGAACCGCCUCUUCCAGCUGCUUAUCAAGGGGAUCCUUUAUGAGUGUUGUGUAGAGUUCUGUCAGAGUAAAGCAACAGGGGAGGAGAUCACAGAGGGUGAGGUUCUGCUUGGCGUGGAUUUGCUGUGCGGGAACGGCUGUGAUGAGCUGGAUUUGUCGCUACUCUCCUGGCUGCAGAAUCUCUCCCCAGGUGCCUUCACCUGCGCCUUCCAGCAGAAGACCCUCAACAUCCACGUGGACCGGUUGGUGAAGCCCAGCAAAGCCGGCCACGCCGACCUCCUCACCCCAUUAAUCAACCGUCUGUCACCAUGUCCUACCUCACCCUUUCGUCAGAGACCUCAUUCGGCCGACACCUACAUGUCCAGAUCCCUCAACCCGGCUCUGGACGGCCUGUCGCACGGUCUGGCAGCCCAGGACAAGAGAGGCCUGGAGGCAAACAUGAAGUUCGCUCUCAGUCGGAGCCUCGUGGAGAAUAAUGUGCAUCAGCAGGAUGAUUCACCUGAGAGGAAGCACCCACAAGGCCUGGAUGGACCAAAUACCACACGCACGCCUCUGACUCCUGGAAAAGAUGGUGGGCCACCCUGCAGCACAGAAAAACACGAGCGUCGUGACUCCACAGAGCACAUCCAGGAGUAUUACAGGCAACGGCUCCGCGUGCAGCAACAUCUGGAACAGAAGCAGCAGCAGAAGCAGCUUUACCAGCAGAUGCUGCUGGAAGGAGGAGUGAAGCCGCAGGAUGGAGCCCAGCACAACCUCACUGAAACAUUCCUCAGCAGAUCCAUCCAGAAGUUGGAGGAGAUGAAUGUGGGCAUCGACCACUGUGGAGAUGAAAUGAUGGCACAUCUGGGCCAGCAGUGGAACGGGCCGACGGGGAACAACAGCACAUCUAGCCCCAGGAUGUCUCACACGCGUCACACACCGGAUAAAGGGCCGCCGAGGGACAAGCCAGGUGGGGUGAGCAGCAGCACUCCGGUAAGCACCGGGAGCCAUAGCUUGCCUUUGCUCAGCGAGUCCCCGGUUCCUGCCACUAAACGAAUCGCAGCAUCUGGUCCCACAGUCCAGGAAGAUUCUGGAUGCCCCGGAACACGAAGCACACACGAGCCAGCAAAGUCCAAAACACAGUUUGUUAAGGUGAGCCAGCUCGAGGACACACAGGCAGUGCGUGCGGUGGCCUUCCACCCCUCUGGUGCACUGUAUGCUGUCGGCUCCAACUCCAAAACCCUGAGAGUCUGUGCCUACCCGGAAACACUAACCACCAGCGGUUCUGGAGCAGUGAAGCAACCGGCUGUGCGCUUCAGACGAAACAAACAUCACAAGGGCUCAAUCUACUGUGUAGCCUGGAGCCACUGUGGACAGCUGUUGGCCACUGGCUCCAAUGAUAAAUAUGUCAAAGUCUUGCCUUUUAAUGCAGACACCUGCAAUGCCACAGGCCCAGACCUGGAGUUCAGCAUGCAUGAUGGUACCAUUAGGGAUCUGGCCUUUAUGGAAGGUCCUGAAAGUGGAGGAUCUAUCUUGAUCAGUGCUGGAGCUGGGGACUGCAACAUCUACACUACUGACUGUCAGAGAGGACAGGGCCUUCACGCCUUGAGUGGACACACCGGUACAUCGGCUCUUUAUCUGCAGCUGACAGACAGUUUUGAGCAAACUCUGGGUCGGGGUUCUCAAGGUCACAUCCUGACUCUGUACACAUGGGGAGGGUGGAUGAUUGCCUCAGGCUCACAGGACAAAACCGUUCGCUUUUGGGACCUGCGGGUUCCCAGCUGUGUUCGGGUGGUGGGCACAACUUUGCAUGGCACAGGAAGUGCAGUUGCUUCAGUGGCAGUGGAUCCCAGCGGCCGCCUGCUCGCCACCGGUCAGGAAGACAGCACCUGCAUGUUGUAUGACAUUAGAGGAGGUCGCAUAGUCCAGACGUAUCGCCCCCACAGCAGCGACAUACGCUCUGUGCGCUUCUCACCCGGAGCCCAUCAUCUUCUCACUGGUUCCUAUGACAACAGGAUCAUAAUCAGUGACCUUCAAGGUGACCUAACAAAGCCCCUCCCUCAGAUAGCGGCAGGGGAGCACUGGGACAAGGUGAUCCAGUGUAGGUGGCACCCGCACGAUCGGACCUUUCUCUCCUCGUCUGCAGAUCGAACUGUCGUCCUCUGGGCUCCGGGCCCCUGAGAUUUGGAGAAGCAGCGAGCACAAGAGCACAGUGUCCACACAUAUCACAGCGUGCAAUGGCCGACUGCUGCGAGGUGUUAUGGAGUGCACACAUGCAUAUCGUGAAGAUCAACCUGUUUAUAUGUCAGUGAGUUUAAAGAUAAGUGUACGUGUGUGUGUGUGUGUGUGUGUGUGUGUGCGUGUGUGCAUGUGUAGUAGGGUGGCAGGUGUGUUUUUGAGCCAGAAAAGCCGGUCACUUUAAAUAGGACAGUUUAUAAGUGUGCGUGUGCGUGUGCGUGCAUGCACGCACAAAGGAAUCUCUGUUAUGUCUCUGGGUUUGUGCCAGUGUGUGCUCAAGUAAACAUGGAUUUCUGGAAAUCUGUAUUUGGCUUUGUAGUGUGAAUAAAAUUUAAGGGAAAAUAAUAUUUUGGAAAGGCCACAAAAAGAAGGAAAAAGCAUAAUCUCAGGUUUCCAUUUGGAAUCCAUGUGAGGUCGAAUUCUUAAAUAUACAUAAAAUGUCUGUGUGUGUUCGCUUAAUACCUUUCUGCUUGUGGCUUUUGUAAGUUGAGCAAAGAUUAAAUGGCACAUGCGGUGUAAGAGUAUGGAGGUGGUUAAUGCAAGCAUAUUUUGAAAAACUUUUUUAGCUCUUCUCACAAUGUCCAAGUAAGUGCACUCAAAACAUGAAAGUAAAUUAAGGAAGUUUGGUGUAACGUGACAUCAAGCAUUUUAACGGAGCGAUUCAUUUUAUAAUUUCAACAGGAAGCAGCAACAGAACUCCCUGUUCAGGGAAGAAGCCACUUUUGGUUAUGCAUAUCAUAAUGUGCCUUUUUGUAACUGUUGUAUAGAUUUUUGGAUGUCUGGAUUGAUUGACAGAUUUAUUUUUUCAUUUGCAGCUUUAUUUUGGUAUUUUACCACGUGCUUUGUCAGCUGCAAGUUCACAUCUCUGCACCCAUCAGCAUCACUUACAUGUAUAAAACAGUUUUUUUAGUCAUUUACAUAAAGGAUCAAAAUAGAGUAUCGUUAGGCCGUGCCAGAAAGUUUAGGGAUUCAUUAGCAAACCUUAAAAAACACUGAAUGUAGACAGCCGUGAGAGUCUACAACAUCCGUCUUUUAUACAAAAAUGAGAGAGAAGAUGUCAGCAGACUAAUGUCAAAACAAUGGUAAUGAUGCACUUUAAAAAGAUGCUUCAGGACUGCACAGUGUGAAAUGGCAAUGUUGUUGACUUCUUUAACUUUUAGCUUCUGUUUUACUGAGUAACUGUAAAGACCUGGUGCAUGUGUGAGACAGAGAUGAGUGCGGGGUGAGAGGAUGAGGGGUGUAGGUUAUCGUAUUGUGCAUUACAUUUGACCUUAUCUAUGACUCUUGAUGGGAUAUUCAGUGUCACUGUCCACUUGUAAUAAUAUGCACAAAUGUGUCACAAGUAAGAGAAGUGCCAAGGGGUCAUUAGGGUUCAAACUGUUCAAAUAAUUAAGUAGUGACUUUCUAACACAAGUUCUUUUAAUGGACACUGUGAAACUGA